AUGUCCACCCCCGCCAAGCGGCUCUGCCGCAGCCCCGCCGGCUGCCUCGACUCCAGCUUCCAGAAGCGCCUCAAGAAGAUCUCCAUCGAGGGCAACAUCGCUGCAGGGAAGUCUACAUUUGUCAGGCUGCUAGAGAAGCACAGCGAUGAGUGGGAGGUGAUCCCUGAACCCAUUGCCAAGUGGUGCAACAUCCAGACUGCAGAGGACGAGCACGAGGAACUUUCCACAUCUCAGAAGAGUGGAGGAAAUCUACUGAAAAUGCUGUAUGAUAAACCCACAAGAUGGGCCUACACAUUUCAGACUUACGCCUGCUUGAGCCGUGUAAGGGCACAACUAAAACCCAUCUCAGCCAAGCUACAUGAAGCCGAACACCCAGUGCAGUUUUUUGAGAGAUCAGUGUACAGUGACAGAUAUGUGUUUGCUUCUAAUCUGUUUGAAUCUGGAAACAUCAAUGAAACAGAAUGGGCUAUUUAUCAGGACUGGCACACGUGGCUAUUGAACCAGUUUGAGUCUGAUAUAGAACUGCAUGGCAUGAUCUACCUAAGAACCACACCUCAGAAAUGCAUGGAAAGGCUUCAGAAGAGGGGAAGAGAAGAGGAACAAGGAAUUGAGCUUGAAUACUUGGAAAACCUCCAUUAUAAACAUGAAACAUGGCUUCAUGAAAGGACUAUGAGAGUCGAUUUUGAGAACCUUAAAGAAAUUCCUGUACUAGUUUUGGAUGUUAAUGAAGAUUUUAAGAAUGAUAAGAUUAAACAGGAAUACCUGAUUGAUAAGGUCAAGUCUUUUUUGACUUUGUAGAGAUCUGAAGAUAACCGCAAGUGACCAGCCCCAAAGUGCAAGAGUUUAAUCAAACAAUGCUAUGUGCUUAGG